AUGAUUGAACUGUUGAAAGUGAAUGACAACAAAGUAAACGGAACAAUGAGAGAUAUCGGAUCUGAUUCGUUCGUGUGCCGAGUCCAGUACCUGGAUGACCUGGACCCUUUCAUGGAGUACAAUGUUCGGGAGCCUCCUAGGCCCCUGUACCACACAUUCAACACCACCAUACCCCUGUCGUACCAAAUAGCCGCCGUCCAUCGCUUGCUGCAGGCCCCACAUCGGUUGGAUGAUGCAACGCUGCAAGUGUUCAAAGACGGUGACUAUGGGCCUUAUUUGGACCUGGACUCAACGCUGGGCGAGCAAGAGGAAGAACUGGAAGGUCUACAAGAUAGACAAAUAUCAUUAGACUCCGGCAUCGCUGAUGAAGAAGUGCCUGUUAAAGUGAAUUUCAACCUGGACCUGGAUUAUGAUAUGUCGGAGGACGAAGACGAUGACUUCUUCGACGAAGAUAUUCGAAAAAAUGCCUUGGUCCUUCGCACUCAACUGUCUGUUCGCGUCCACGCAAUCAUUGAGAGGUUGCUCCACUCUCAGGGACGAGAGCUUCGCAGAGCCCUGUUCACUCUCAAGCAAAUCCUUCAGUCCGACAAGGACCUUGUGCACGAAUUCGUCGCGAACAAGGGCCUGGACUGCCUCAUGCAAGUCGGCAACAUGGCUGACCACAAUUAUCUGGAUUACAUCCUUCGAGCACUUGGACAGAUCUUGCUCUAUGUCGACGGCAUGCAUGGGGUUAUGGGCCACCAGCGCUGUGUGCAGUGGCUUUACGCUCUCAUUUCUAGCAAAUUCCGUCAUGUAGUCAAAACAGCACUCAAACUACUUCUAGUCUUUGUCGAAUACACCGAACAAAACUGUAUGCUCCUCAUAGAAGCAAUUGUGGUCGUGGAUAGCUCUAAUGCUCGACAACCAUGGUACAACAUAAUGAAGAUUCUGCAGGACUUUGAUGCAUCCGAUACGGAACUUCUCAUUUACGCUACUACUCUGAUCAAUAGAUGCCUGAACAAUGUUCCCGAUAGAGACACAUACUAUGACCAGGUGGAUGCUCUGCAGGAUCAGGGCAUUGAUGAUAUUAUACAGCUGUAUAUGUCAAAGCAAGGAACUGAUUUAGAUCUUUUGAGGCAGUUGCAGAUUUUCGAAGCUGUUUUGCUAUAUGAGGAUGGUGAUGAAACGGGAACAGCACUAAAACAAUUGGACGACUCGGUAAUCAACUCAAUACGUCGCAGAAGCAUAAACUUAAAUAGUGAGAGAAGAAAGUCUAAAAAGCAACAAUGCAAAGAAAAAGGAAACCAAAGAUAUACAUCAGGUCUCAAACAGAGAAUCCAAAAUGGGACUUUAGGACAUAGUGUUAAUGCUGUUGACGCUAUAACAGUCAUGCGGCAGAAGCAGACAGACGCGACUCCAGAGGUGAAGGACGACCGAGGAAUCUUGCUGAAUAGAGAACACAGUAUCAAAGAUUUAGCACAAAGGUUGACCAGCCCAGUCAGUCCAACUACCGAGGAAAAGCCAUUACGGGUUUCUGAUAUGGCUGGAAUUGUAUCGAAAGCCAAAGAAGAAUUAGCUAAAUCUCAAUCAAAAGAAAUUAUAAAGAGUCCUACGAUAGAAAAAUCACCUAAAGUUCAUGAAAUCAAAGUAUCAGAAAAUGAUUUGCAUUGGGAAGAACUGAGAAAAGGUUGUUUACAUAGGGAAUUCCACUUAUGCGACUUAGAUUUUUCUGAUCUCCGCGAGGAUUCCGACGAUGAGAUGUCUUCACCUGCUGUGAACGCUGCUAGUGGUCCACCACCACCACCGCCCACAAUGUUCCCACCAAUGGGUGUCCCUCCGCCUCUGCCAGGUUGUUUUCCUUCUCUUACUAAAAAUAAUGUUCCUGCUCCGCCAAAACCAGCUCUCUCAUCAGAAAUGUCAAACGACUCUGACAGCUCCACAAUAAAGAAAAAUAAGAAAACUGUGAAGUUGUUCUGGAGAGAAAUACAAGAGAAUCCAACGCCAGUGGCGAUAAGGCCGAAGGUCGGAGGGUUUAUUUGGGAUGACCUUCCUGAGGUCAGUGUUGACACUGCAAUGUUGGAGCACCUGUUCGAAUCUAGAACUAAUGAUUUGAUUAUCAAAAAAUUAAUGGAACCAAAGAGAAACCUUAUUUUAGACGCUAAAAGAUCAAAUGCUAUCAAUAUCGCAAUGAAGAAAUUACCAAAACCACAAACGAUCAAAGCAGCUAUUAUGAAAAUGGAUGCCACCGUCGUUGGCAGAGAAGGUAUAGAAAAACUAUUGACCAUGUUACCUACUGAGGAAGAAAAGAUCAAAAUACAAGAGGCCCAGUACGCCAAUCCGGAUUUACCACUAGGCAGUGCUGAACAAUUCCUAUUAACCCUGGCUUCCAUCAACGAACUCUCAUCUCGACUAAAACUUUGGGUGUUCAAAUUGGAUUUUGACAAUUUAGAGAAAGAAAUCGCCGAACCACUGAUGGACCUAAAGCAAGGUAUAGAAUUGUUGAAAGUGAACAGAACUUUCAAAGUAAUCUUGUCCACGUUGCGAACCGUCGGAAACUACCUAAAUGGAAACUAUGCCAAAGGUUUUCGUUUGGAGUACUUAUCUAAAGUUGUGGAAGUUAAGGACACCGUGCACAAACAUCCCCUAUUGUACCACAUCUGCGAAAUGAUCAUUGAAAAAUUCCCUGAUAGCUCCGACUUUUUCAGUGAAGUCGGUCCUGUCAUUCGAGCCUCUAAAGUAGACUUCGAUGUACUCUCAGCGAAUCUCCAGAAACUGGAAUCAGACUGCAAAGCAUCGUGGGACCACAUGAAACGUGUUGCAAAACACGACGGAUCUCAGAUUUUCAAGACAAAAAUAAAUGAAUUCCUCACAGAUGCGGCGGAGAGAAUCAUCCUUUUGUCAGUUAUCAAAAAGAGGGUGAUGAGCAGAUUCAACAAAUUCUUACUCUUCCUCGGAGUCCCUCCAUGUGAUAUACCCAAGACCAAACCGGCAGAAUUCUUGAAGGUCAUUGCAGAAUUUUCUCUGGAGUACAGAACUACUAGGGAGAGGGUAUUACAGCAGCUAGAGAAAAAGGCUAAUCAUAGAGAGAGAAACAAGACUAGAGGAAAAAUGAUUAUUGAUGUGGGUAACUAUUCUCACAAAAAUGGGGACCACACUGCAGAUAGUGCUUUAAAAGAACUGUUGAAGACAGAUCCGGACACUGACAGCCUCACAGACGGUAGAAGAAAGAGUCAGCCCAACAGCAGGCGAAUCUUAGUAAAUGGAGACUUAUCAGCAGACGAAGAAAUCUUAGAAAGCCUUGUGAGGUCAGCAACAUCCAAACGCAAACCAGUAGCACGAGAGCGGAGAAGGAACCGAAUUUCUGACAGGAAGAAUUUGAACAGGACUCUAGAUGGAAACCAAUCAUGACGAGUAAUUCUUUCUACGAUCAAAGAAUAAUCAGCUUACAUACCUGGAAUUGCAAUUCAAAUCAGUACUCAAGGCUGGUUGGAGUACAAGCUUAGAUGUUUCGUAAUUAAGUGAUCGCUGGUCGAUUGCCAAGGACGAAAUAAACAUAGGCCCUUCUAUUUCAUGGGACUUAUAAAACAAAUGACGAUGCGUAGGUGACUCAGAUGUGCAUGUGUGAUGUGCACCUCCGCAAAACCGUGGAUAUGUUAAGCUCUAAUGUAGGCAUACGUAAUGACAAAAUUUUUGAAUCUCAUCCAAUAGCCAACCUUACAAAAAUGUUAAACUUUUUAUUGUAACCAAAUCCCUUACUGGUGCGAACGAAUUCUAAAUUUAAAAUGUGAAUGUUUUAUGCUGUACAAUGAAAUCACAGAA